AUCUCACCAUCACCAUCUAUCAUAAUCAUAUCAUCAAAAUCAUCUCAACUCGCCCGAUAAUCCCCACCCAACUCUCCGAGCCAGCCUUCAAAACUCGCCGGAGUCAUGAGCCGAUUUAGAAGAAUCGAAAUCUUUGAGCCUCACUAUGCUCCUGUGUUCCUCAGAGAAGCCUCCGUGUUCACUUCGAAAACACUCGCUUUCCCCUCCUUUGAAGAACCUGCGGAACUAUCUUUUGCUGCCCUCGAUCUCUUGCACUUAAAACCUAGCUCUCUCGAGUGUUUUUAUACGGCGACGGAUCUGGUUAAGACGCCGUUGUUUUGCCCUUCCAAGAGUGUUCUUGACCGAUUUGAGACUGACUUGCGCUUGCAGACUCUUUCUGACCGCGUCAGUGAGCUCGAGUCACAGUUUGACCGCCUUGUCAACGCGAAGAUCAACGGCGGAAGUGGUGCUGAGAGGAAAUACACGUGGACUGCGGAGAUUAAAGGACCGGUGACGGAGAGGAAGUAUAAAUGGACGGCGGAGAUCAAAGGAGGAGAGGAGGAGAAGAAGAAGAAGAAGAAAGAAGAGCAGGUUAAGAAUUAUAAAUGGACGGCUGAGAUUAAAGGAAAGGGGGAGGAAGAGAUUCCGAUGUCACGGAAGUAUACUUUUGAAACAUCAAGUGGAUUUGCAGGUGAGGGUAGCAAAGAAGAGAAGAAGGAGAAUGAGAAGAAGAAAGAGGGUAAGAAAGAGAAGAAAGGAGCGUGCGCCACGCGACUUGUUGAAAUAGAAGAUUACCCUGAUCAUGGAGCUGUUGUUUUACGAAAGGCAUUUGCGAAGAGGGCUGGAGUGGUGGAGAAGAGAAAGGGAAAGAAGAAGGAAUUGUCUCCGCAAGAUGCAGCAUUGUUGAUUCAGGUGACAUUUAGGACUUACUUGAUUAGGAGAUCGCAGGCGCUUCGUGCACUUAGAGAGUUGGCGAUUGCGAAAGCAAAGUUGAAGGAGCUUAGAGCUUUGUUUAAUAACUUUUCGUAUAGGCGUCAUCUUGCUCGUGAUGCUGAGGAGAGGCAGAGGUUUUCAGAGAAAAUUAUUGUGCUGCUGCUCACUGUUGAUGCCAUUGAGGGAGCUGAGCUAAUGGUUCGAUCUGCAAAGAGGUCAAUGGUGGAUGAGCUGGAGGCAAUGCUGGAUGUGGUCGACCCCCAACCUGCCGGUAGAUCACUUUCCAUGAGAAGACGGACAUUUGAUAUGCCUGAUGGUGUCAUUCAUAAGGAAAUUGCAGAAAGUGUGGCCCAGGUUGUCCAAAUGCUUGACAAUGAAGAGAAUGGCACCAACACCUUUGAGGCAUGUUUGUAAGGACGUGUUUAAAUUUAAUAAAAUAAACCCAUUCACCUCCUGGGGUUUUGGGUGUCCAAAUGCUUAUUUUGUUGCUGUAAAAUAUGGAACAGAAUUUGAAAGCUAACUUGUCAUGCUAUGUUUGAUGAGGUUGUCCUAGCUAGCUUGAUGUUCUAUUUUUUACGAGGAUUGUGUACACUAAUGCUCUUCCAAACGUGUCUUUGGUGUUUCAAGUUUCUUUAUUUUCUCAAACUAGAAAUUCCAGUUAAUUUUUCACGGUUAAAAAUUA